AUGAACAAGCGAUCAGUGUCGGCUGAAGAUAACAAUAUUGUUCUUGAAUUAAGUACAACUGAUUAUAAACGUGCACAAGAUUUUUUAUUCGUCAUUGCUGAGCCUACUCGUCGUUCUGAACAUACUCAUGAAUAUGAACUUACACCUAAUUCUAUACAUUCUGCCAUGUUUUCUGGUUUGCAAUCACAAGAUAUGAUUAGUGAAUUACGACAUUUGAGUAAAACAAAUAUUUCAAAUGAUCUAAUCAAUUAUAUAGAAUCAUGUGCAGAGAUGUAUGGCAAAGUUAAAUUAGUAUUGAAACAUAAACGUUAUUUUAUUGAAAGUAGCUUUCCUAAUAUUCUGAAUGAACUUCUUCAAGAUUCUGAAAUUAAAGAAUGUCGAGCAAUCUCAACAGAACAAGAUUUAAAUUUAGUAUCGUUUGAAGUUAUUCAAGAGAAAAUUUAUAGUUUAAAAAAACGAUGUCAAGAAUUAAAAUAUCCAUUACUCGAAGAAUAUGACUUUAUUCAUGAUACACUGACAAAAAAUCUCAAUAUUCAACUUUCUCCAAAUGCUAAUUUAAGACCUUAUCAAGAAGAAAGCUUACGAAAAAUGUUUAAUAAUGGACGAGCUCGAUCGGGUAUUAUUGUACUUCCUUGUGGUGCUGGAAAAUCAUUAGUAGGUGUUGCAGCUGCAUGUAAAAUGAAGAAGAAUUGUCUUGUGUUAUGUAAUUCCAAUGUUUCUGUUGAACAAUGGAAAGAACAAUUCAAACGAUGGUCAACAGCUGAUGAUUCUAUUGUACGAUCGUAUACAUCUAACAAAAAAGAUAAACUUAAUGGCAAUGCUUGUAUAUUUAUCAGCACAUAUCAAAUGGUUGCACCUAAAAAAGGACGUAUUAUUGAAACGAGUGAAAUCCUGAAAAAGCUUACUAAUUAUGAGUGGGGUCUCAUAUUACUCGAUGAAGUACAUACGGCACCUGCUAAAACUUUUCGAAAAAUUUUGAGUAUUGUACCUGCACAGAUUAAAUUAGGUCUUAGUGCAACACUCGUUCGUGAAGAUGAUAAAAUUAUAGAUCUUGAUUAUUUAGUUGGACCUAAAUUAUAUGAAGCUAAUUGGAUGGAAUUACAAAAUUUAGGAUUUAUUGCUAAAGUUCAUUGUGCAGAAGUUCGAUGUGAAAUGACAGCGAAAUUCUUAGAAGAAUAUACUACAGCUACAGAUCCUACGGUUAAACGAAGACUUAGUGUACUUAAUCCAAAUAAAUUUCGAACUUGUCAAUCUUUAAUUCAAUACCAUGAACAACGAAAUGAUAAGAUUAUUGUUUUUAGUGAUGAUCUGUUUGCAGUCGAAACCUAUGCAUUAAAACUUGUCAAACCUUUUAUUCAUGGAAAAGUGUCACAUAAUGAACGUAUUCAAAUAUUACAAAAUUUUCGACAAAAUUCAAGAAUUAAUACUAUCUUUCUUUCAAAAGUUGGUGAUACCUCAUUUGAUUUACCUGAAGCUAAUGUUGUUAUUCAAAUAUCAAGUCACGGUGGUUCACGACGACAAGAAGCACAACGACUUGGUCGAAUUUUACGUAUAAAGAAAGAUAUUAUUAAUAUCAAUGAGAAUAAUGCAUUUUUUUAUACACUCAUUUCACAAAAAACAAAUGAAAUGAAAUAUUCAUCAAAAAGACAAAGUUUUCUUAUUGAUCAAGGUUAUACAUAUAAAAUGCUUACACAUACACAGAUAAUUACAAAUAAAAAUCAACUUUAUUUCUCCACUAAUGAAGAACAACGAGAAUUACUUGAACAAAUUCCUAGAACACCCAAUAAUGAAGAACAACAAGAAUUACUUGAACAAAUUCCUAGAACACCCAAUAUUGAAGAACAACAAGAAUUACUUGAACAAAGUCCUAGAACACCCAAUAAUGAAGAACAACAAGAGUUACUUGAACAAAGUCCUAGAACACCCAAUAUUGAAGAACAACAAGAAUUACUUGAACAAAUUCCUAGAACACCCAAUAAUGAUGAAGCAUUACCUAUAACUACUAAAAAAAACUUCAAGUAA